UCGUAGUUGGUGAAGUUCCGGCUGGGGUUACGUACAGAUCCAAGUGAAGAUCCCAACCCCAACCCGGGGAAGGUCAGUGUAGUGAAAUAUUGUUGUUUGGUCGAAAAUUUCGUCAGCUUCGCUGUGAUUGAUUGAUGAUUGUUCGAAGAAAGGAGGAAGAUGUAAGUUCAAAGUUCGUUCAAACAGCGAACAAAAAUCACGGUGCUACCUUGAGAGUGUUCUGACGAUGCAAGAGGAUUACCAUUAGAACGAGUUUAUCCACGACGAUGGGUUGCAAUACUAGCCAGGAGAUACCCAACUUUAAUCCGCAGGCGGCAAAUGGGGGCAACGGCGAAAGAACUGAGCAGGAUGAGCUUGCGGAACUGCUCGCGGAUGAGACCGGGGAAGUCGAAGCGGCCGCCACUAAGAUCCAGGCAGCGUUCCGAGGCCACCAGGUGCGCAAGGGAACCACGAUGAAGCAGGGGGACGUCAACGGUAGCGAGGCGGGGCAGCAGCAGAACUCGGCAGAAACCGAGCGGGAACCGACCAAGGCGGAGCUGGAGGCUGAGUUCGAUCCCAACGACGAAGAACUGACACAGGCUGCCACUAGGAUCCAGGCAUGCUUCAGGGGACAUAUGGCCCGAAAAGAGCCGGAAGCCGAAGCCGAAGCGGACAAGAAGGGAGAGGGCGACAAGAAGGAGGUCGACAUUGACGAUCUGACCAGAAAGGUCGCCGAAGAGCUCGACAUCGACAUGGACGAUCCGGAGCUGCACAAGGCGGCUAGCAAAAUUCAAGCCUCGUUCCGUGGCCACAAAACCCGCCAGCCGCAGGGCAAGCCGGACGGCAAGUAGACACCCAACACUUGCACGCACCGAGAUUAAUGCAGCAUACAUUUAAAAUAAUAAAAUUUUAAUAAAAAAAUAAAAAUGAAAACCUACACAAAACUCUUCAUUCAUAAUUUGAUGAUGAAAUAUUUAAACUAAACUUGGAAAUGAGUAAAAAACCAACCAACUAUUCACCUUUUUGAUCGAAAUGAAAUUUAAACGAGAAAACGGUUCAAGAAUUAAGAAUUAAAAGAAAAGCAAACAGUACACUUGUUAUCAUUUUAUAACUUUUAUCGAAACCUAGUCGUACAGAUAUACAGUUGAAGAAGAAUAAUAAUGGAAAACAUCUCGAACGAUAAAAAAAACAUUUAUGAAACGUAAACUCAACCAUUGCGAAUGAUUCUUAUUCUAGCGUACCACUCUUAACGGUAAAAAAAUCAGAUUAAAUUAAAUGAAAAACACACACACACACUUUAGAAGUAAAACCACUGCAACCAAAAAAACGACACAAAUCGUCGCCGUUAGUACAUUCGGGAAAUACAGAAGAAAAAAAACAGUUAGACCUCCUUCAGAGGGACAAAAAAACUCACAAACACACAGAAGAAACAACUAUAGUAGCUGAAACCAUUCGACAUGCUCCCAAACAAAAUCGGAUAGGGCUUACACCAGAACUAAAAGUAUUCCUAAAAAAACCCACAUCUUUCAAAAUUCUGUGAAGUCAUUUUUAAAAUGCGCCACGUUCCGUGGCCUCCUCACACAACCUACACAAACAUAAUAGAGCAAACAACACGUGCGCUAGUCGAAAUAAUGAGAAUAAUAAAAAUGCAUAAUUACAGUGAGCUUUAAAUCCCGAUUAAACUAGAA